GAAGCUCCGCCCCUGCGCCGGUGGUUGCUAAGCGGCCAGAAAGCGCCGGCUCAGUGUGGGCGGAACCAGCGGGAGCGAGGUGGGCGGCGCCAGGACGCCUCGCGGCGCGGGGAAUCGGCUUUCACAGGCCUGAUUGGCCACCUAGCUAGCGGCGUGGGCUGAGAAUCUUGUGCGCGAGGUCUCUGGGCGAGGGCGCCCGAAGGGCCUUGGGCAGCUUGGAAAGCCUCGGACCCAGGAGCCGCCGACUUCGGGGGCCUGGAUUUACCUCUCAAAAGUUUCAGAUUACUUCAUUAUAAGAAAAAUGAGUGAUUCCUCAAAGGCAGAGGCCACUGGUGAUGGAAAAUCAGCUGAUCCAACGACGGUAAAAGGCCGCAAAACACCUUUGCCAAAUACUAAAAAGAAAAAGCCAGUACGACCAACUCGUAGAGAUAUUUCAGCUCUCAAGAUACAAAGAGCUUGGCUAUCUUAUAUGGACAGGACAAUAUUUCAACUCCUAAAGCAUACAAUUUGUGCAGCAGAAUAUUGUGUGACAUAUGAUAUACUGAAGAAUGUGAGCCCCAUGGAGGCUGAGUUUCUUAAAGAUGCUGGCAAUAAGUGUAAAGUUAAAUUCAGAUUCAGUGGUGAAAAAUUUCCACCUUUUAUUGUGUUUAAAAUUUUUCUACAUACUGGAGGCUAUGGUUACAAGUAUUUCAGCGGAAAAAAUAUGGUAAAGCCAUCAAGUAAGGCGUCAUAUGAUGCUUACAAAAUUAUGGGGAGGAAGAAGUUUCUUGAACUAAUUUUAGAAGAUGAAUAUCUUUUCCAGAAGUUCAAAAUAACUGAUGAAAUAGAUAUUAUCACCGUGCAAGAUUACGUGACAUAUUCCAGUGUUCUGGAUAAGACCCCUGCAUAUUCUGGUGGAAGAAAUAACUGUUGGAGAAGAUUGAGCCUCAAAAACAUUCCCAAGACAAUGAUAAUGUAUGACAUAAUUGAUUAUGCAGAGUCUAGAGUAGUCUCAAGACGUCUGCGAAAAGAAAUGAAGUACUUAUUACAGAAACCACGAACAGAAGAGAUGCGUCAAAACCAGAUGCGGAUUAUUACCCAAGCUAGGUACUUACCUCUGUUGAGUAGCCAACGUUUAUAUCGGCCCUUCCAAAAGCAAGUUCAAUUUAAACAUCUGGGUCGUCGAUCCAAGCAAGCGAAAAUGAAAAAUGAAAAAAUGAAAAAAGCUUAUGAGAAGGAGAAAAAAGCAAGCACUUCUGUGAAGACUGAACCUCGGACAGACAGACCAGACAUAAAGCAACACCGAAGGGUUGUCUUCUCUGCCCCAAGUUUUGAAAUUGUAAAAUAUAAAGUACCCCUGUCAGAUGAGAAUUUGGAAGACAAAAGUGAACCAUUUUUCUGGAGUCAAAAAGUGUAUGUUCAUCGUUAUCCACCAUUUUAAUGCACACCUAAUUGGAAAAAAAACUAAGUGAUUUAAUAAAUUGCUUGUCUGUCUAUAAAUGAUGGAUAUGAAUACCAAAGGGAAAAAAUAUAAACAAGGCCUCAGUAUGCUCUCUGAACCAAAUAUGCGACAGAUUUUUAAGUCCUUUUUGUAUUACCAUGGGUGCAAAUAUUUUUUACUGGCAGAAGUUUAAGCUGAAUAAAUUAUUUCAACUAGAUGCCCUCAAACUAACAAUAUACAAUUUUGUUCAAGAAAUGGUGCAUAUAUGAAUCCCUAGCACUUGUAUUCAAUUUUGACUUUCCUUCAUUUUUAAAAAUAUCUGAACAGGCCAUGCUUAGCAUAAAUAUUAGAAUUCACAGAAUAAAAGGCUGCUAGGGAGUCAGCCUUCAGUGUCUUUUUUUCAGUAGCAUUUUGUUUUUACAGAACAGCUUGUGAUUGACCUAUUCUCAAUUAUAAUAAAAUUAAUAAUGCAUUUGUUGCUACAGUCAGUGUGACAUAGCAUACCUAAUCAUUAUUGAGCAUUGCAAGCAGUUGGGACAGAAUGUUGCAUCUGCUUUCAUGUUGCACUUUGGAUAUUUUUCAAGUAUGAAGACUAUUUUCAGUAGUAUUUAUCAAUUUCCUUUUGAAUUGAUGAAUUCUCAUGCCUGAUAUAGUGUGAAGUAUUGAUCUUUUGUGAUCGAGGCUAUUGGAUUAUAUCCAACCUUACCAGAGGCUGUGAUAAUUAAACAAAGGGCAUUAUUUAUUUAACUUUAAAAAUACAAUCUUUUAUUUUGUUUAACAUUUAAAAUGCGGAGGUUGAUUGCUGCUUUAACUCAGGCAAAGCAGCCUAUAAAUGGAUCUCAUUCUCUGCUAAAUCACUCUCUUAAAUGAUUAAGAAUAUUGGAGUAAAUGUGUAUGAUUCCCACUAGAAUAUAUUUAACACAAAUGUGUACUCUUUUGGGGGGGAGUUCAUUUAUUAAAGCUGGGGACAGCCCUAACUGGUUUGGCUCAGUGGAUAGAGCGUCGGCCUGCGGACUGAAGGGUCCCAGGUUCGAGUCUGGUCAAGGGCAUGUACCUAGGUUGUGGGCACAUCCCCAGUAGGGGGUGUGCAGGAGGCAGCUGAUCGAUGUUUCUCUCUCAUUGAUGUUUCUAACUCUCUAUUCCUCUCCCUUCCUCUCUGUAAAAAAUCAAUAAAAUAUAUUUUAAAAAAAGCUGGGGACAGUGAAACAAGGGAGGGCUUAGCAUAGAAAAAGCAAAGGAGACCCUCAGCAGGGUUGCUUUGGCUCACUGGGAAGUCAGAGAAAAGGGGGCCUUGGAGACAGGUUCAGGGGUUUAGCCCAGGAGGAGCUGCUGCCACCCAUUGCUCCCCUGGUUGCAAGUCUUGUAGAGACCCUUAGGGUUUAGGAGAUGCAUGCCUGUGGAGGAAGAAUAGAGGGGAAGGGAAAGGCGCAGGCGUGCUCCCAGGAGGGAGAGCACUAAACAUGUACUUUUCAAUAUUAAUAUAUUCUCAUUUGAUCUCCAAAAAUGGGACAGAUAAUCCCCUUGUUUUCAGAGUUUGUACUGGACACUGGUUCAAUAGAAAACACAUACUUACCUCAUGAAUCAUGUUUAUUCUCAUCUGUUAAAUUAUGAAACAGUUCCUAUUUCAAUCAAAUGCAUAUCAGAUUCAGUCAACCCAUAGUAUGUGCAAAAACAAAGCUAAGGGAGAUUUAGGGUAACAAGAUGAAGGAAAAGGACAAAGGAAGGACAGGCUCUUUACGUUUAAGGGCAGCCACUUCUCUUAUUAGCUAUGACUUUGUCCUGUCAUAAUGCCUAGCUGCAAGGGAGGCUAGGAAAUGUACUCUCGUUUUGGGCAGUUGUGUACCAUACUAAAAUUCAGUUGUUAUAAAAGAAAAUGAUAAUCGAUAUUAAGACAUAACUAGCAUAAAAAAAAGACAUAACUACCAUCAACGUCUUCUAUUGAUUCUUUUAACUCACAUUAAACAAUAUAACCACAUCAUAGAAUAUCCUUUUAAAGUAGAAUCACACAUAAUCUCAUCGCUAUAAUACAAUUGUUUUAAUUUGCUUAUAUCUUUCUAAUCUGUCUAAAUGCACACAUAUUUUCACAUGAUUAUAAUCAUAAGUAACAUACAAAGGUGGGCAAAAGUAGGUUUACAGUUGUGAGUACACAAAGAUAAGCAAAAGAAAGAAAAUUUUAUGAAGAGUUUAUUCUUGUAUUAUUUAUUAAUUAUUGGGUUUGUUUUUUUAAUCUUCACCCAAGGAUAUUUUUCCAUUGGUUUUUAGAGAGAGUGGAAGAGAGAGGGAAAAACAGAGAUAAAUAUCGAUGCAAAAGAAACAUCGAUCGGUUGCCUCCUGCACGUGCCCCGACCAGGGUCCAGGCCAUGGAGGAGCCUGCAACCUCAGUAUGUGCCCUUGACCGGAAUCAAACCCAGGACCCUUCGGUCCGCAGGCCAGCACU